AGUCACGUGAUCCUACUCCGCCUAGUAGGAGGAGCUUGUAAAAAAUGGCAGGAGGUAAAAGAGGACCAGAAGAGACUAUUAGAGUGUAUGGUUCUAAUCGUAGCAUUGUUCGUAUGAUUGGCACUAGACUACCCAUAGAUUCAACACAUAGACUAUAUGUACAGCUACCUGGGUCUCAACUAGCUUCCCCGAUGGUAUCAGGAGGAGGGUCUUUUGAUGACGAAGGUCCUUUAGCGUUACUGAGAGACUCUGGUCUUCCAACUCUUACUAAAAGAUUUUCUCGUUUGGAGUCGAUUGACGAAGAAGAAUCUGACGACCCUCAGGAGAAACUAGCGAGAGAGAAAGCUGAAGCGACUGAGAAGCUAACGUCCCUUGAAUCAGAAUUAGCUCGUCUCAAAUCCCAGAUUGCACUCUACUCGUUAAUGGAACAGAAUGAUGCUGCUCCUCCUCCUGCUCCUCCUCCCCCUCCUCCUCUUCCAGACUCGACUACUGGAGAACAAACCGUUAAUCCUCAGCAACAAGAUGGUGGCAUAGAUUCGACUGCUUCCUCCACAGCUACUCAUCAUGUUAAUAUUAGCGAUGAGAUUGGAAGUGUCAAACUAAGAAAGCUUGACAUGAAAAGGUCACCUGGAGGUACACCAUUUCGACCUCAUCAAACUGUCUCAAGGGAGCCAUCAAUGGACGACCCAGCAGCUGUUAUUGCUCAUGCUCUUCGCAAGAAGUUUUCACACAGGAUAUUCCAAGAUUCACCAGAUAAAGAAAAUUUAGACAAUUCUUUUGCAGACAGUCCCGGCCCUUCCAUGAGAUUGUUUGAUUAGUUCAAUUAUUAGUGCAUGGUAUCACACAGACACAUCACAUUCUUCAGACACAAGGACAAUAACUGUGUUGUUUUGCUUAUGCUUGUCAUGAUAUAUUAUAUUCUAUGUUAAACUUUAUCAUCUGUAUUUAUAUCUUUAUUGUAAAAAUUAAAAAUGGUA